AUGUCUGGAAGAGACUCACUGUCUUACGUGGGCCAGUGGGCCUCCAGUAGCCAAAGCCUGGUAGACCAGGCCAGCACCAGACAAGCCUGGUACUCCGGCAGGAGUCCCAGGCUUGUCAGGCCGCACUCCGGCAGGAGAAAAUUUUUGAAAAUUCAUAUAAUGAAUAUAAAAGGCGCCGCGGAUUGUGGUAGUAGUGGUAGUAGUGAUGGUGGUAGACCUCUUAUAGAAGUGUGGUCGCAGCCAGGGGUGGUCGUUCCCCCACCUGACGACUCUGACAUCCAGGACUACGACUACGACUACGAGGAGAGUGCCAACGCUUCCGACGUGAGCGGUCUGAACGCCAGCAACAGCAGUCUGAGGGUAGCUAGGAAGCUCAACAAUGUCACCAAGGACUCUGGAGACACCGUCAAGCUCAAGUGUGAGUUUACCGGUGACCCUCCUCCAACACGUUUCAAGUGGUACAAGAAUGAAGCUCCAGUCAUCGAGGAGAAAGGGCGAGUCAACGACAGGAAGUACAGACUUAAGACAGACGGUGUGCAGGUGUAUGGAACGAAGUUGAUCAUCAAGGACUUGGAGAUCCACGACAAGGGUUACUACAAAUGUGAGGCCACCAACGGCGAGGAGAAGGUCGAGUCCACUGGUAUCCUCAUCGUCAAACCCGGACAGUGGCGCCGCGUGGACGAGGCGCCUGAGAGCAAAGCCAGCAUCCCCAGUAUGGAGGAUCUGGGCGUACAUUUCCCCAAUAUGCCUGGCGGCAAAUUGCCAGCUGGUGUGCCAGGAAUUCCUGGGGUGGGGAAUAUUCCUAACAUUGGAGGUUAUCCAGCUGUGUUACCACUUCCCCUGCCUGGCCCUGAGAAGGAUGAAGGGCAAGGCUACUGCCAGAUUUAUAGAGGUGCUACAUGCAGUGGCUUCAUUGGCAAUCGCUCAAUCUACAUCUACUCUCCUCAGCAUCUGGCAGAUAUGGAGAAACGCCUUACUACAGCAAUCACAGUCAUUAGUCAUUCAAAUGAUCUUUCAGCAAAAUGUGAGGACUAUGCAAUUAAGUCACUCUGCUAUGCUGCACUUCCUUUAUGUAAUCAGAAUUCACCUGACCCAGAACCGAGGCAGCUUUGUAGGGAAGAAUGUGAGAUUCUUGUAAAUGAUGUAUGCAGAAUGGAAUACGUAAUUGCAAAACAACAUCAACUAAUUGGAAGGAAACUUCCAAUUCCUGAAUGCGAGGACCUUGCUCCUAUCACCUCUCCAGACCAUCUCUCGUGCAUCCGUUUGGGAGUGCAAAGUGAACCACUUGUUGAGGAUGAGAAAUGCUACAUGAGAAAUGGAGAAACCUAUCGUGGAACAGAGAGCCAUACAAUCUCUGGACGGAUUUGUGAACCUUGGAGUCAGAAUCAACUUUAUAUGCGAACAGCUGAAUACCCAGAACUUAUUGGGGGGCAUAACUAUUGCCGUAACCCAGGUGGAGCCGAGACACAACCUUGGUGCUUUGUGGCUACUGAACAUUCAGUAUCUAAAGAGGAGUGUGCUGUUCAAGUUUGCAGUGACAAUACUUGGGUAUAUAUCCUGGUAGCAGCAAUUGUAGGUGGCACAGUCUUUCUCUCACUGAUUAUUGCCCUCUGCAUGAAACACAAAGCCAAGUCACCUAAGCAACCCUCACCCAAGGCCAAGACUGUAGAGCUGAAUGCACUCCUUCCUAAGCAACAGCAGCUGAGGGCUCGAGAGUUUCCGUUAGCAAACGUUAGAUUCAUGCAAGAGCUUGGAGAAGGCGCUUUUGGUAAAGUUUAUAAAGGGGAAUUACAGGGAGUGAGUCCUGAUGGCAGCUCUGUUCUAGUUGCUAUUAAGACAUUAAAGGAAAAUGCAACUGCUAAGACACGACAAGACUUCCAUCGCGAGGUUGAACUGAUGACUGAUCUGCGUCAUCCCAAUAUUGUCUGUCUCCUGGGGGUAGUUAUGAAAGAGGAGCCAAUGUGCAUGCUGUUUGAACAUAUGUCACAGGGUGAUUUGCACGAGUUUCUGAUUGCUCAUUCCCCAAGGUCAGAUGUGUCUGCUUGCAGUGAUGAUGGCAUGUCUCAGGUGGUGCUGGAACAACCUGAUAUGCUUAUCAUUGCCACUCAAAUUGCUGCUGGUAUGGAAUACCUGGCUGGUCAUCAUUAUGUCCACCGUGAUCUUGCGUCUCGUAAUUGUCUCGUGGGAGAGAAUCUCACUGUCAAAAUCUCAGAUUUUGGGCUCUCUCGUGACAUCUAUUCCUCUGAUUAUUACAGAGUUCAGAGUAAGAGUCUACUGCCAGUAAGAUGGAUGCCUCCAGAGUCGAUCUUGUAUGGCAAGUUUACCACUGAGUCAGAUGUUUGGAGUUUUGGUGUUGUGCUAUGGGAAAUAUUCAGCUAUGGUUUACAGCCAUAUUAUGGUUAUAAUAACCAAGAAGUGAUAGACAUGAUCAGGUCACGCCAUCUGUUGCCAUGCCCUGAGGAUUGCCCACCACGUAUAUAUGCCCUCAUGGUGGAGUGUUGGCAUGAAACUCCAAAUAGAAGACCAACCUUCAGGGAGAUCCAUGGUCGCCUACGGUCUUGGCAGGGUUUAGAUAAUGGGGGGCUGGUAGGAGCUCUGAGUGGCAGUGUUUCGGGCCACUCUGGUUCUCAACAUUCUAGUACCGGCCCCUCCAAUAACACUGGCUCAACCAACCUCUCUUCUAAUACUCAUCCUCCCCAUCUCCAUCGGCCAUACCAUGCUGGGCCUCAUUACCCUCCACCUGGGCCUUCCCAUUCGCCAGCAUACUCUGCCCCUUAUCAACCACCUCUGCCACCUGGGAUUGUUCCUGGGUUAUACCCUCGUCUUUCUGCACCAAUGGGGCAUCCGCAGCCAGUAUACCUAGCCCAGCGUAGUAAUGUGAUGGGUGGCUCUCCUGUUACUAUUAGAGUUGCUCAGCCACAGUCUCUUAAUAUGGGAACAGAAACCCAGUUGGCCAAUCUGUGAACAGACUAAGACAUUUGAAACAUGGAGUGAUUUAUUUGUGAAUCUCAUAUUUGGAAUGAAACUUGUGUACUAUUGGGAGUCUUGCAGUGAGAUUGAAACAGUGAAUGUUCAUUGUGAUUACAGUAUUUGAAAGCAACAAAAGUAUAUGAAUUUACUAUUUGUGGAACUUCCAAUGAAGCUGCAAUAAUAUAUUCACUAUUUCCUGAGUGUUACAUAGAAUAGAAACUUGAGUGUCAAGAAACUGUUGUGCUAUUGUUUAGAUACUCAUGAAUACACAAUUUAUUUGUUUUCAAAUGUGGAAAGAUGUGACUUUUCAUAGUCUUCUAAUUGACAGGGAAAAUAAAUUUUACAGAAAAAUAUUCCCCAGUUAGUGGAGAAAACCCAUGAUAUACAAGAUUUAAUCUCUCAAAUAACCAUUAACAUGUUUGUAUAUUUCAAGGCAACAGAAUGCAGAAUAUUAAUAUAAAUUUUAUUAUGUAAUAUAUACGUAUAUAGAUAUAUCUACAAAUUUCAGAUUGGCAAUUUAAAAAAUGUAGGUUACUCUCAAUAAUCUUUCAUAUCAACAUUGUUAAAGCAGAUUGAAUUUAAAAAAGCAAUAAGCACAAAAAAAAUGAUAAAAUGUUGCAUAUGAAUAAAAUUGAAGUACUAUACAGUAAUUAGAAAAUAUUGCAAGAGAUUGCUUGAUGACCAUGUUCAAGUUAUGCACAAAUGUGAGGAGCUUUGUAAAAUGAACUAUUUUUGAUGCCCAUCCUGUUAUGCACUUUUCAUGCUUGACAAUGCUGUCAUCAAGUUACUAAGUCAGUAUAUUUGCUUGAAUGCAUUAAGCUUUAAUGUGAUAUUUUUAUCCAAUUUUCUCAAUUUAUUUUAAAUAACCUGACUAUUCCCUUUAAUUCAUGGUCAAAAUAAUAGCCAACAUAGGUGUAAGGAUCAUUUUUUAUUUUGUCCCUAUUGCAAUACAUGUUAUCUUUGGCAUUUAAUAUGAACAUUCAUCUCUUAGCACAAUUGCAUUCUACGUUUUGACAAGCUUGCAAACCAGAGUAUAGUCAGUCAAAAAAAAAAAAAAAAUUACUGGUCAGUUAUGUACAGCAAACUGUGUUUGGUGUUAUUGUUGUAAGUCAGACAAAGUUAAUGUGUGUCAAGAUUGAUGUGAAGCCAAAUAGGCAGUUGAGCAGGUGUUUGGCUACACAUCAAUAACUCCAUGAAUAUUGGCUAUAAAUCAUGGAUAAUAUUAGGGAUGUUCAAAUGGCUUAAAGACUUCAAAUGUACUCCUUUUGAAAAUCCCUAGGCUGCAUAGUCAGUGGAUAUAUUAAAAGUAGAGGCUUUCAAUUGUUUAUCAUUGAUUAUUUUACAAAAAUAAAUACUUGAAAGUAAAAUAUAUUUAUAGAUAUUGAUUUUCAUAUGUCAGUCAUAGGUCAUCUGACUGAUCUUAAAAAACAUUAUUAAGAUAUUAAGCAAAUGUAAAUAGGACUGUAGAUGAUGCUAUUUAUAACAAUAACAAAUCAUUUUUAAGAAUACCACAAUCAAGUCUUUUUGUACAUGCAAGCAUGUGGUAAAUAUAUAGUAAAA